UUUAAAAUUUUGUCCAUACACCACAUGCCUAAUUGCUACGAAAGCGAUGACAUCACAGAUCAAUAACUUAAACCACUAUCAUCCUAAAUCCCAUCUUUUCACCUAUAUUAAAUAUAAACCAACCAAAUCCAUCACUAUAAACCGAGUUCAAUAACCAAAAUCAUUCCAAAAACAAACCCCACAAAAUAAAAUUCAUAAACAUGUCAAACAAUAAUCUGUUGUUAUUAGAAUUCUGGUCUAGCCCUUAUUCUGCAAGAGUCAAAAUUGCGCUACAAGAAAAGGGUAUCGUAGACUAUGAAUGUCAACACGAAGAUUUAUUCAAUGCUAAAAGCUCACUUCUUUUGGAGAUGAACCCGGUUCACAAGAAAAUCCCGGUUUUAAUUCAUAAUGGAAAACCGGUUCCUGAGUCACUCGUUAUUUUGGAGUACAUUGAUGAAGUUUGGAAUGACAAGUCUCAGAAUUUGUUGCCUGUUGAUGCUUAUGAGAGGGCUCGAGCUCGAUUUUGGGCCGAUUAUAAUGACAAGAUGUUCUUCAGUUUUCUCUGCAAGAUAUGGAGACAAAAAGACGAAAUUCAGCAAGAUGAAAAGAAGGAUUUCAUAAGUUUCCUAAAGUUGUUCGAAGAUGAGCUUGGAGAAAAGCCUUAUUUUGGAGGAAACAAUUUUGGAUAUUUAGACAUUGCACUUAUUCCAAAUUAUAGUUGGUUUUACUCGUAUGAGAAAUUCACUAAAUUGAACCUAGAGGCCGAGUGUCCAAAACUUAUUGCAUGGGCUAAAAGAUGUAUGAAGAGGGAUAGUGUGAAUAAGUCUCUACCUAAUGAGCUUAAGAUCUAUGAGUAUAUUUUCGAAUUGAAGAAGAGGUUUGGAACAGAUUAAAAUCGCGGUGUUUUUAAAGAUCGUAAUAUGAAUGUACUAGGUCUUGGGCUCUCCGAUGAACGAAUUGUAAGGAUAUAGUGGUUUGUAAUGUUUUAUUUAAGAACCUACUAAUUGAUGUCGUGGUAGUAUAAUACAUUUAGUUCUAUGUUGUAAUUUUA